AUGGGGACCGACACGGCGUAUAAGACGGUCAACCUGAAGCUGUGCUACGCGCCGGUGAGUCAAGUGGGCAAGCCGGAGAGGAAGACGGAGGACGACCUCGACAAGGACAAGACAUGCCAGAUAGAGUUCUAUACCGGACCGUACAACUCCUCUAGUAACUGGCAGUUCUACGAGUCGACUUUGGACCGCCACGUACCAAUCGGAUCGUAUUUCGUACGCGCCUACGUGACCGACUCCGCCGGUGUUCUGGUGGCUUAUGGUCAAAGCACGGGGCAGGAAAAAGACUACAACAUAUUUGAGGUCAGUGGAAGCCACAAGAGGCUUGAGAUGGUGUCGAUUAUUUGGUUCAGGCAUAUAGCAUACGUGUACGACGGCGCCGGCGUUGCGGUGGCGUACGGUCAAAGCACUAAUGCUAAGAAAGACUUGAACAUAUUUGACGUCCAGGGGAUUACCGGACGACACAAGAGGCUUGAUGUGGUGUCGAUUUGCUUCAGUGUUUUCUCCGUUUUGUCCUUGGUUGGCUUCUUUGCCAUCGAGAAGACCAGGGCAAAGUCGUCCCAUCACAAGUGA